AUUCAUUUUAAUAUUUACGUCUAAUGCUUCCAAUAUAUCCCUUAGCUUCACACUCCAAGCAAUAAGAGCUUUAGAAUAAAAGGUCUUCCAAAAUUUUGCAAAAACCUAUAGCCAAAUAAAAAAGUAAACUUGUCAAAUCAAGUAAAUGUAAUCAUGAUUCAUUAAUUUAGUUCAUUUCAAACAAAAAGAUAAAGGACAAUAGUUAUACUAAAUUGCUUAGAUAGAAAGAAUGACUAAAUCAAACUCAAAUAUUGGAUAUAAAUGUCGAUAAUUAGGUGCAUUAUUUAUCGAUUAGUUUUUAAUGAAAGGUUAAAUAUUAGAAAGGUAAUACAACAAAGAAUCAGCUGAAUAUAAGCUAUCAUUUAUUACUUAAAAUACUGGAAUCUAAAGUAGAGAUAAUUUAGAAAAUGACGAAAUGUUGCAUUUUUACAAACUAUUACCUUGUGAAAUGAUAACAGAAAAAAAUAGAAAUACAUUUUAAGAUAAGAUUACUAGACCUUAUGAAUGCUUUAAUUUUUUAUUUAUUGAUGAAAAAUUAGUUGGAAUUAAAAAAAAAAUGAACUUUGAUUUGCUUAGAAUGAUAGGCAUAAAUGAAGAAAUUUUAGAUGAUUAUGUUUAAAAAGAGAAUUAACUUCCAGUAUUUUGGAAUAUUUCCAAUUUUAUUUAGAUAAAAGAGGGAAUUUACUAUACUAAUUUAAUAAAUUUUCAAGGUGAAAUUUUCGUAUCCCAGAUCGAAAUCAAAAAAUUCAUAUAAACAAAUUCUUGUUAAAAGAUAUCCCAUUAAUUUCUAUAUUUUAUUUAUAAUUGUGAUAGAAGUCAAUUAAAUGUCAACCAAAUUGAGAAAAAUUUUAUAAAUUAUUUUUAGUUAUAAGCCCUACCCUUAAUACAAUAAAUUUCAAUACAUAAGUCAAGAAUAAUGAAACCAUGCCUGAUUAAACCAAUAAAAGAUUUUAAGUGA